CGUCCACCCUGUGAAUAAGCUCAACAGGCAGCACUUCCGGUCGUUACGAGGCUAGCAGUAGCAGAACAUGUCGGCUUCGUUCGCUUCGUUAACAAACCGUUGGUCGGUUCUGUGCUCGCUUCGCCUCUCUCCGCCGGUACCGAGGAGUCUCCCGGGGACGACUCACCGGGGGAGGUGUCCCGCCGGCGGCAGGUGGAUGUCUCAAACAGGAGAAAACCUGCGACCACUGGAGGGCGUGAGAGUGUUAGACCUGACGAGAGUUCUGGCUGGUCCCUUCGCCACCAUGAUCCUGGGAGAUCUGGGUGCUGAGGUCAUCAAAGUGGAAAGACCAGGAGCAGGUGAUGACACCAGAGUCUGGGGUCCUCCAUUCAUCUCUUCAGAGAGCGUCUACUUCCUGAGCGUCAACAGAAACAAAAAGAGUAUCGCUGUUGACCUGAAACAUCCACGAGGAGCCAAGAUUAUCAAAGAGCUGACUGCAGUGUGUGAUGUGUUGGUAGAAAACUUCCUCCCCGGGAAACUGCAGCAGUUGAAUUUAGGGUUUGAGCAGCUGAGCAAAGUGAAUCCUCAGAUCAUCUUCUGCUCCAUCUCAGGUUAUGGACAGACAGGUCCUCGGUCUCAGAGUCCAGGCUACGACUCCAUCGCCUCUGCUGUGUCAGGGAUGAUGCACAUCACUGGGCCAGAGGGCGGUGAGCCGGUGCGUCCAGGUGUUGCUAUGACGGACCUGGCGACGGGGCUGUACGCACACGGAGCCAUAAUGGCUGGACUGCUGCAGAGACAAAAGACGGGGAGAGGAAUUCACAUUGACUGCAACCUGCUGUCCUCACAGGUUUCCUGUCUCAGCCACAUCGCUGCUAACUACCUGAACGCAGGGAAGGAGGCGAGGCGCUGGGGGACGGCCCACGAGAGCAUCGUACCUUACCAGGGCUUUGAAACCAAAGACGGACACAUUGUCGUUGCUGCAGGAAACGACAAACAGUUUGUCAAAGUCUGUGAGGUUUUGGAGCUGAUUGAGCUGAACGAGGAUCAAAGAUACAAAACUAACAAACUGAGAGUACAGAACCGAAAAGAACUGCUACACACACUGUCCCAGAGAUUCCUGCAGAAGAACACAGCGGAUUGGCUGAGGAGUUUUGAGGGCUCCGGUGUUCCUGUUGGACCAAUCAACAGCAUCCAGGAAGUGUUUUCUGACCCUCAGGUGAAACACAACGAUCUCAUACAGGAAAUGAAUCAUCCAACAGCAGGACGCAUCAGUGUGCCCGGUCCGGCGGUUCGAUUCAGCAGCUUCACCCCAGGUGGACCGACGCCCCCUCCGCUGAUUGGUCAGCACACUGUGCAGGUGCUGCGGGACACCCUGUCCUACAGUGAUGACAUCAUCAAAGUGCUGCUGGAGUGCAAGGCAGUGGUCCAGAACAAGGUGUUCUGAUGAAUGUGAAUCACUAAACCUUGAAUUAUUUUAUUUUAACGUUUUUACUCAUAUUUUUUUACGUUUCUUUGACAACAUUUUAUAAGAUUGAUUGAUUGUGAUUUUUUGCUUAAGUCUGAAGUUCUGAGAAACCAGAAAUUUCAUUAAACUACAUAAAACUACAUAAACCUGGUAAAGAAAUCAUACAAAUGUUUUAGGUGAAAAAAUCAACAUCUAUUGAUCAGUUAUCAGUAGCUGUUGGACUUUUUCUGGUCGGGUCAUCACUGUGUGCGGGCGUCCGUCCUGUACCUCCCUGUGGGGGGGCGGGGCCUUACAGACGUCAUCUCCAGGACUGCUGCUUGCAGACUGCAGGCAGCUCAGCGGCUGCUGUCUGGCUCCUGUCUGCUGGUAGGUUGAAGCCCGGCUGCUGUUCUGGAGGGCCGGACGACUCAGCUACAAUAAACAGCUGUUCCUGAUGAGGUCCCCUCAACGCAAACUGACUGGACUUACACCAUUUUACAGUUCCAUGAUUGAUGCCUGGAGGACUCUGAGCUCCAUUAGACCUCCUGACCCCAGGCCUGGGAUGUGGCUGUUUGAGGAGCCUCUGUUUGACAAUGUUUUCUUGUCUGACUCCGGUUUCUUCUUCAGCUACAGUAAAAAACAAAUUCACUGAGGCAGGUAUAGUGAAGCUGGGUCACCUUACGAGGACGUCACUCGAGAGGCUGGCUGAGGUGACGGACAUGCGGUCAACCAGAGUGCUGCGGAGCCUGGUGGACGAGGUGUGGCGGUCACUGCCUGAGCCUCUCCGGGACCUCCGCUCAGAACCAAAGUCUGGCUGACCAGUGGAGUGAAGGACAGGAACAUGUCUUUCCUACCCUGAGUGUGAGUCCUGCUGUGGGGGAGUGGAGAGAAGAGAGCGGCCGACUGUUAUCCCUAAAGACUCCAGGGAACAUUCAGCUCCUGUGGAGGGAAGCAGCUCUACGGCAGCUGUGUGAAGGUUCUGAACUACCGCUCUCUUACAGGAGUCAGGGAGUCCAGAUGGACUGAGGGUUUUGGCUCUGACUCUUCCCCUAGUGGCAGCUGGCGGGUCCUGUAUAAGCCUCCUGUGGAGAAACGGAUGGCUGACAUCCAAUGGAGGAUUAUACAUGGAGCUAUAGCUACAAACAGAUGCAGAGCUCACCUGGACCCAAGCACUGGGGGGGAGACCUUAGAGCAUUUAGUGGUGUCCUGUCGCCGGCUGGCUAAUCUCUUUAAGCUACUACAGGAGAAGGUGGACAAACUCUGGUCUUCAUUAACUUUAUCUUUGCAAGUGCAAAACUGGCUAUUUGGAAAAGUCACUAAAAUCAAAUGGUUUGAGAAGGUUGGACUGAUCCACUCUUCUGUCUGAGGGGUUUGAUGUGUCCUUCAGACUGACUGAUGAUGGUUUCCAGUAUUGGACAGGUCCUGUGUCACUGGGGGAGAACCACUCACUGAUUUAAACUUUUAGCAGUUUAAUUCUAGUGUUUGUGUGUGAGUAUAAAAUUAUUAUUGACAAUAUGUCAUAAAUAAAGUUGUUUGAAAGUCUUA